AUGAAAGGGUAAUGCAAUCAAGAAUUGAAAAAAAUAGAAUCCAUGCUAGAAAGUAGAAUUCAUCUUGAAUAGGCUGGUUAGUAAGUAUGUUCGCAAAAUUCAAAUACCAUUUUUUUAUUAAAGAAUUUUUUAGUAAAAAUAGGAGAUUCCUUUUAAAAAUAUUUUAACUUAAUACAAAUUUUAGAAUCUAAAUUUACAUUAUAGAUGAUCACUUUGAGUUUUAAGGCAAAUUAUUUGAUUACCUGUGUCACUUUAAAAAUGAAAAAUAUUAAUAGAAGACUUACAAUUAUGAUGAGCCAUUCUGAUGAUAAAUAAUAUGCAGAGUUGUUUAUUCAGAGAUUAAUUAAAAUUUUAUCAAAGUUGCUAUUAAAGUAUUCAUUUUUCGUAAAUAAAUGUCAAUCCCCUAAUUUGAAAUGUGAGUAUGCAAUCAUCAAGAAAAUGGAUUAUUGA